GCAGUGCGCGCCCCCGCGGGUUAUAUCCAACCAAUCGGCGGCCGCGCUCAGCCUUUAGCGCCAUCAGAGAGAGCGGGUGUGGGGCGCGCGGAGACACUGAGGGACACACACAGAGACAGGUUUAUCUUGUACUCAAGAUGGCCGACAUUAACAACAAAGAGCAGCUUGAUUGUGAUCAGAAAGAAGAUAUGGAGGACGUGGAGGAUAUAGAGGAAGAUGAAGCUUCUGAAGAUACAGAUAACAAAGCUCGACAGCUUACGGUGCAAAUGAUGCAGAAUCCACGGAUUUUGGCAGCGUUACAAGAGCGACUUGAUGGGCUUGUGGGCAACCCAUCUGGUUAUAUAGAAAGCUUGCCUAAAGUUGUGAAGAAACGUGUAAAUGCUUUGAAGAACCUCCAGGUGAAGUGUGCACAUAUAGAAGCUAAGUUCUAUGCAGAAGUUCAUGAAUUGCAACGAAAGUAUGCUGCUCUCUAUCAACCCCAUUUUGACAAGCGGAGUGACAUUAUCAAUGCUGUCUUUGAGCCCACAGAGGAAGAAUGCAAAUGGCAAGGAGAUGAUGAGGAAGAGUUAUCAGAUGAAAUGAAAGAAAAGGUUAAAGUGGAGGAAGAGAAAAAAGAUGAAGAAAAAGAGGAACCAAAGGGAAUUCCAGAAUUUUGGCUUACAGUCUUCAAGAAUGUUGAUUUGCUCAGUGACAUGAUACAGGAGCACGAUGAACCUAUCUUAAAGCAUUUGAAAGACUUGAAGGUGAAAUUUUCAGAUCCAGAGCAACCAAUGAGUUUUACUCUGGAGUUUAAAUUUGAGCCAAAUGAAUAUUUCACAAAUGAAAUAAUCACAAAGACUUACAAGAUGAGGUCACAGCCUGAUGAGUCAGACCCUUUCUCAUUUGAUGGACCAGAAAUUAUGGGGUGCACAGGAUGCCAGAUUGACUGGAAGAAGGGAAAGAACAUCACAAUGAAAACCAUUAAGAAGAAACAGAAGCAUAAGGGUCGUGGCACUGUUAGAACUGUAACAAAGACUGUUCCAAAUGACUCUUUCUUCAAUUUUUUUUCACCCCCUGAAGUUCCCGAGAAUGGAGAGCUGGAUGAAGAUUCAGAGGCGAUACUUGCUGCUGACUUUGAAAUUGGUCAUUUCUUGCAUGAGCGCAUCAUUCCACGGGCAGUGUUGUACUUCACAGGAGAAGCUAUUGAAGAUGAUGACGAUGAUUACGACGAGGAGGGUGAAGAGGCAGAUGAUGAGGAAGGAGAGGAAGAAGCAGAUGAAGAAAAUGACCCAGAUUAUGACCCUAAGAAGGAUCCGAACCCACCAUCUGAGUGCAAGCAGCAGUGAAGCCUACUCUGUGGCCUUGAGGAACAACUGCACUGUACUGGCUUAUUAUAAACAACUAAUAGUUACUUAACAGCCUUAUAAUGUUUUGUAUUUUCUUGGUAGGACAAAUUUCAAUUAACAUUUUUUGGUUAAUCAUGAAUCCUUGAAUCAGCCAGUUCAGAACAUGGUUACUACUCCUGCAUUGUGUUUUUUUUUUAGUUGGUUAUUGAUGGAAUGGAGUUUUUAAAGUUGUGAAUUUGUCAUCCCACUGUUACAGAAUUUGUGUUCUUCAGAAUAAAAUCUUGUGUUCGAGGCAGAACUGAUGGAAGGCUUUUAGAGCAGCAAAAUUCAGAGACCAAUUUAGGUAUAUUCUGCUGGAGAACAAUGAACCAAAGUAAUUGUCCUUUUCUUCAGCCCCUGUUGUCUGAACAUCUCAAACUGUGGAAAGACUUGUUUUGUAGUUUGGGUGUAAUGUAGACUUUAUACAAAAUUAUAGAAAUAAAACUGUGUGAAAUGUCUGUGCUUGCACUAGCUGUGCCUUCAUUACUCCUCUUCCUGUAAAGAUGCAGUUCCAGAGUUACUUACAGGAGACACUCAUUGAGACUUUGUGGCUGGCUCCAUGUAUGGAGUUGCGGAAUAGUUAAUGGGAGAUUUUUGUCUCCAACCAUGUACUGUUCAUACAUUGUUUGCUUAAUUAUGCUAUAGUUUUUGUUCUUUUGUUUUAGUGAGAUUGUGAACAACACGAAAGCAUCACCACCGCCUGAAGGCCAUACUGUACCACUUGGUGUGAAUAAACUAGUAUUUUCAGAUUUU